CAUGGAUGUAGAUUUGUCGAAUAUCACUCUCCGUCCAUUUAGACUUUCUGACCUUGACGACUUCAUGGGGUAGGCUGGUGAUGAUCAGGUGACCCGUUUCAUCAGAUGGAACACCUUCACCUCUAAAGAAGAGUCUUUGAACUACAUCAAGGACGUUUGCAUCCCUCACCCUUGGCGUCGAUCAAUAUACUUGGACGACCGCUCCAUUGGAUUCAUUUCUGUCAAGUCUGCUUCAGGCGACGACUACUGUAGAGCCGAUAUUGGUUAUGCUGUGGCCUUUGAGUACUGGGGCAAAGGGAUAGCCACCGCAGCCUUGAAGAUGGCGGUGUCUGGUGUGUUCAAAGACAUGCCAGGCUUGGUCAGACUGCAAGCUUUGGUUGAUAUAGAUAAUAAGGCCUCUCAGAGGGUCUUAGAAAAAGUUGGGUUCCUCAAGGAAGGUGUUUUGAGGAAGUAUUGUUUGCUCAAAGGUAGGAUCAGAGACCUGGUUAUCUACAGUUUCUUGUGCACUGAUAGCAUUCUAGAUUCAAAGUCAAUUUUGAUGUUUCCUUUUGUCUUUUGAAAGCCUGUAAAUUGGUCAGAGAUUAGGGAGUGGAACUUGACUUUUGCAGAUUUCUGUCUAACUGGGAUUACUUAAUAUUGUUGACAGAGUACAGUUUCAGUAGCUGUAUAAAUUUGCUUCCGGCAAUGUAUAUUGUAUGUCUAGCUGUUACAACU